CACUCCCCGUCGCCCACCACACACACGUCGUCGUCGCCUCGCUGUCCGCUGACCGCACGCCUCGUUCCCCAUGCGCGACGCUGUGCCCCCUCCCUCGCACCACCCCUCGGCCAACCAGGAUACUGCUGCUGCCCGCCGUCGGGAUCUGCGGCAACAUGACGCACCCACGGCACCUUCUCUUGCAUCUGAACGCCAAGCCCCAGACGCCCUUCACCACCAUCAUGCCACGAUAGUUCGAGCAGAAGCCGUGCAUGCCAGCAACGAGCCCUCGCCCUACCACGACCAACACGCCAUCGAUGUCCUGAGAGAGCUCGCGCGGGGAGACCAUGCUGCUGCCAGACCGGGUCCUGUCCUCGCCUCUCUACGCACAGCAUCGGCCGAGCGCAUGAGCAUCAACCCUGCACAUGGUAUCGCAGAAGCUCUUCGGUCGCCCGCCGACACCACGCCUGUGACACCCACCGCCAGCCCGCCCACACGGCCGAGAGCAGACACCGAGCGAACAAACAGCGAGUCGACGAGCAUAGCGCAAGUGCAAUACACCAUGCCAGACACCGCGAACAUGGACGGCGCUUUGCCUGAAGACGAUGGCAUGCGGGCACUGCGCCAGAAGCUCCAAGAGAUUAAGGAACUCGCUGUGUCGACGGAGGAGAAGGCAAAGAGGAUGCAUCAGCUCAUGAUGCAAGACUAUGCCAGACACAAAGACCUAGGACACCUCACGCCGCCGGAUAGUCCGGCGUCAGGAGGGCAUGAAAGCGACGGCCUGGAAGCACCUCUGCUAGGAGCCGCAGCUUUGCCUAUUGAUCCUAGCAAUCCAUACAACCUACGACCUGGGGACCUCGAUAUUGUUUUCACUCCUCUGCCCAAGGCGCCGCGGGAUGUCGAAGGCGAUGAUGAUGAAGCUGUGAUUGACGACGAUGAACCGGAGUUGGGCUGUAUGCACUACAAGCGAAAUGUCAAAGUGCAAUGCUUCGAUUGCCAACGAUGGUUCCCUUGUCGGCAUUGUCAUGAUCAGUCAAAGGACCUGCCGUUUCCGCAUGCUCUAAAUCGGCACAAGACGCAGAACAUGCUCUGUAUGCUCUGUCAGACUCCACAGCCGGCAGCGCAUGAGUGCAUGAACUGCGGUAACUAUGCCGCGUGGUACUUUUGUUCCAAGUGCAAACUCUGGGACAACGACACAAAUAAGAGGAUCUAUCAUUGCGAUGAUUGUGGCAUUUGCCGUGUGGGUGAAGGAUUGGGCAAGGAUUUCGUGCACUGCAAGCGUUGCAAUGUGUGCAUAUCCAUCUCCACAUCUGCUGCGCAUCCCUGCAUAGAGAGGGCUACGGAAGGCAAUUGCCCGCUCUGUUUAAAUCUCAUGUUCGAAGCCAAAGUCCCUGUUGUCAGCUUGCCAUGCGGACAUUACAUGCAUGGCGAUUGCUAUAAGGAUCUGAUGGCGGUGACGUACAAGUGUCCGGUGUGCAGCAAAAGUGCUGUGAAUAUGGAGCUGCAAUGGCGGAAGCUGGAUGAGGAAAUAGCGAUCCAGCCCAUGCCUGAGGAGGACCUCGAAGGACUGCUGCCGCAUGUUGAAGGCUCAGAACAGCCUGAAGAGCAAACAGAUGGCCAAGCGCAUGCUCCACCACCACGAAGACCGAGGACCGUGUGGAUAGGCUGCAAUGAUUGUGGAGCCCGAACUUGGUCUCCAUUUCACUGGCUUGGCCUCAAAUGUCAAAGAUGCGACAGCUACAAUACGAACCAGAUGACACCGACAGCACACCACGAGACAGAAGCCGAGAGGCUGUUACGACAGCAGACACAGUCGGUGCAUCGUCACGACUUUACUGGUAACGAUGUCCUUCGAAACGCUGGCAUCGGAAUGCCCGAUGAAGCAACAGAAGUCCAGACUCAAUUCCUUCAGACUCCCGAGUCACCUUCCCAGCAGCCGCUUCCCUCGAGCUCGCCACGGUUGGCGGCUGGUGCUCAAUCGCCAGGUCGCUACUUUGUUACCAACGAAGAGAUCCGUCGACCGAGCUUUUCAGGACGGUUUUCAGCACCGAGUAUGCCCAACCUGCCGACCUUGUCCAACCUACCAGAUAUUCCCCGCAUGCCACGAAUGCCUGCGUUACCAAACAUGCCCAAUUUACCGAAUCUUCGACAAAACUUCCCUAACAUGCCAAAUAUGCCAAACGUCGAGCUGCCGCGCUUUUCACCUUACGAGAUGAUGGAUGCGGUGAGUCGCAGUCUUUCUCCAAUGCGAUAUUACCUUCGAGGACUGGAUGUUACGGACGAUCAGGAGGACUUACCGCCCCUUGCGAGGAGAAAUCUCCCAAUGCUUCACCGCUCCGCGAGUAUUCAGAGUGAUUCUGCUGUUCCGAGAAUGGGAUCGAAGUUGAGAUCAAGUUCGGACGUGGACUCUAUCGGGCUCUUCGGCAGUGGAGAUGAGGCUGUUCAGGACGAUGAUUCGGAGAAUGGGCUCGAGACGGUGGAAGGGAGUAGUGCGGAAGAGAGCGCGGAUGAGGAUGAAGAGGAUGAUGCUGAUAUGAUUGAUGAUGAUGAAGUUGACGAUGCUCCUGGUUUGCCGGGGAAGAAGAAGGACAAGUUGGAAUUUGAACUGAUUGGACAUCGGUGAGAGAGUUAUUGCAUGGCGACGGGAUUGUAAGCGGGCAUAUAGGUGCACCCAGGAAAUCAUUGAUUUAUCGUUGAAAGGAAAACAUCUUUUGCUGAGCCUGAGGAAUAUCGUUCACUUGGUUUGUUCGAGGUCGGCCCAUAGCUGUCAUUUUGGACUUCGCCACGCAUCUUUGAAAAAG